CGGAUAACCCUAACCUUUCUACAUGCUUAUUUUCGCUGCUGGACUACUUUUGACAGUGUUAGGAUGCUCGUAAAACACUUAAAUAAUUAAAACGUUUCUUAAAAUUUUUGUGCAAAAUGAUAAUUGUUAAAUAAAUUAAAAAACGACGUCUUUUUUAGGAUAUUUUAAAGACUUUAAAUAUGUCUUUUCAAGACGUUUUUAGGACAUCCUAAAGGUUGGAGACGCGACUCCAUGUAAACCGGAGGGGGGAUUGGCACUCUACGGAUUUUUUGAAGACUGAGCAUCACUGCUGUGCAGCAUGGCGUUCCUCCGUUGUGCACCGUAUGCACGACCCGGUUUUCUGUGCUUUUGACAGCCGGCGAUGCGCCGAACGGCGUAUUAACGUCGCGUAACGAACAUCCUCGCAUUCAUCGCAACGCGGACUAUUUGCACGGAUUUCCAGCACGAUAGAAAGGACAGAUUUUGGCUUGUAGAAUCGACGUCCGUGCGGUUGUAAAAUGCUGCCACUUUCACACAGUCCACGUGACUCACGCUUAAACUUCCGCAGUAGAGUCAAGGAAAAGCUACUGGGUUGGAAACGUUUGAUCUUCUCAGAUCAGAACACUCGAAAUCUGUUCCUGUUCCUGAUUCUCAACUUGUCCUUUGCCUUCGUCGAGUUGUCAUAUGGAAUCUGGACGAACAGCCUCGGCCUUAUCUCCGACAGUUUUCACAUGUUCUUCGACUGCACCGGCUUACUGUUCGGUUUGGCUGCAUCUGUCAUCACAAAAUGGAGAGCGAACGAAAGAUACUCCUAUGGAUAUGUUAGAGCUGAAGUGCUAGGCGGCUUUGUAAAUGGAUUGCUCUUGCUGUUCAUUGCCCUGUUUAUCAUGUCAGAGGCAGUGGAGAGAGCUAUUGAGCCGCCAGAAAUCAAGCAUGAAAGACUCUUUAUGGUUUCCGUGUUGGGACUCUUAGUGAAUUUAGUAGGAAUAUACGCAUUUAAACACGGACAAGGCCAUGGGCAUGGCGGCCAUGGCCACAGUCACAGCCAUGGUGCGGGAGGACACCACGGCCAUUCUCACUCUCGUGACAACAGUCAUGACUAUUCUCAUUUGAAUCAUAAUUACGAUCACCACGUCGAACUGGAUGCAUCAUUCACCGGCACAAACUCUCAGAUCAUGAAAGGCGUGUUCCUGCACAUACUGGCAGACACUCUGGGCUCGGUAGGCGUGAUCGUGUCCGCGGUAUUGAUGCAAACGUUCGGCUGGAUGAUCGCCGAUCCGAUUUGUUCCAUGCUCAUAGCAGUAUUGAUAGUAUUAAGUGUAAUUUCGUUGAUGAAGGAAUCGUGGGAAGUGCUCAUGCAGAGACAGCCAAUGGCACUGGAUUACGCUCUACCGCAUUGCUACAACAAACUGACGCAGAUGCCCGGCGUGUACAGCGUGCAGGAGCCACACUUCUGGACGCUGUGCUCGGAUGUGUACGUCGGAUGCUUGAAACUGGAAGUGGCGCGAGAGGUGGAUCCCAAGUCUGUCGUGAUGGCAACGCAAAAGAUUUUCCAGGCAGCGGGCGUAAGACAGCUUACGGUUCAGCUGGACUAUGCUCCUAUGUGAUCUACGAAAAGCACAAUGCGCGUUGUAGAGUCUUCUUACAAGUAUACCGGAAGUGUAUUUAUCUGUGGCCUCCGUGACGAAGAAGAGACGACGGACACGGCGAUGCCGCAGAAUAUUUUUGCCGCGUCCAACGUCUGUGAUUGUGCGAUCUUGGACAACGAUCAGUAUCGUUUCGGACUACAGAUUGUUUGAGAAUUAUGCAUGCCUUAAAAGAGAACUGCUGACACAGGAUAACAGAGACAUGAUUCCUAAGAAUAUCCAACCGAAUCAAAUUUCUAGCUUAAUGGUUUUUAAAAUGCAAUGUACGAUAAAAAACAAAUCUAUUUCUCAUGUCGAUAUUAUUGAUAUCAAGAGCGACGGCCGAUUACAUUCUCUUCUGUUUCAGAAUUCAUGAGACAAGUGUGUAAUCGGUGUUUGUUCAUCUUUGUAUAAAAAGAUGUUACCAGAGCAAAGACUUAUCUGUUUGUACGAACUUUGACUCGUAACUAUUCAUCUAACUGAGCAUUUCAGAUUCAGGUUUAAUUUAAUUGUUAUGUAAUAUAAGUAGCAUUGCUUAGAUUUUUUAUUUUUGCAAUGAUACUUUAAGGUGCGUUUGUAAGAAUAUUUUUAAUGAAAUCUCCGAAACAACAUGAACGAAAGAAUGUACUGCUAAAUGACUUGUACAUUAUCAUUGUUUAAAUUUGAAAUUAAAUAAUUUUAACAUUGGAAUAGAACCAUGUCAAUGCAGUGGCCAUAACAACCUAAAGACAGUUGUAGAAAACUAAUCACACCUGUAAGAGAGAAAUACUUUCACACGAAAAUAUCCUUUUAUACGAUAAUCUGAGGUAAUUUAUAUUUUCCGUCCAUGCUAAAUGGUGUUUGUACCAUCCUUGUUGCAGCAUUAUGUUGAACCUAGCAUGCGUGGAAUAUUUGUUGAACAGUCAAAUCGGUUGUACAAUUUGUUGGACGUAUUUGUAAUAUUAUUUAUAUAUAGUUUAGAUUUAUAAUGGGUAGGUCAAUAUAUUGAUUGUAGCAAAAUAAAUCACAAAUAUUGUAAAAAUUAACGGAGAAAAUUUGUGAAAUACAUCUGAGCAAAUCUGUAAAAAGCAUUUACAAGAAUUCAAAGGACUUGAAGAACUUGGGACAUAUUUUCUGAAAUAUUUUUUGUCUUGCCACGCAGAAUAAUUUCUUUCUAAACAUGAAUUUUCUGGCCGCUUGAAAGAAUUAUGAUGAUUGAAACACGGUAUCAAUAUCUCUAAAUCUUAGUCUUAUGAUUUAGAAUAUUUAGAUAAUCAUAAUCAGCUCGACAUAGAUAGAGAUUUAGACCAACAAUGACACUGUCAUCGCAUUUCUAAGAAAUUGAAGAAUAAGAGUAGCGACAUUUACAUUCCACGUGUAACAUAUUCAUAUGCAUAGGGAUAUUGAAACAAUUAUACUUCCAAUUGUGAUGACGCAGGCCAAAAUAUUAACCAUUACGUUGCGAAUAGUAGGAUGUCACGAAAAAAUUAUUUCGCUUAUCAAUUGACUUUGUAAAGAAACGCUUCAUCACGGUCGCAUUUAUCGCGGAUUACGUGGUUAGUUAACAUUUUUUUUCCUAGGCAAAUGGAGCGCUGGUGAGAGUGAGUAUUGCUGCAGUGCAGGAGAAAACACAUUAUGUUGCGCAAAUCUGUUAUGUUUUCAUAUUUUCUAAUAUCUUCAUUGUAUAGAUUUAUGAGUGCGCAGAUGCGUGUGAUUAUUAUACAAAAGAAAUAUGUAAAUAAUAAAGAUAUGUACUUAUAAUGGGCUCUCCAUCUUUUAACAAUUCACAACUUUGCGGAUGCCUGUUCGAUCAAUGAUUACGCUUUACAAAAAUUCAGAGCGCGAGUAUAAGUUUUUCACAGUUCGCGAUAAACAGAAAUCGUACGUUU